AUUAAAAAUAUGCUUUGUUGUUGUGUACAAACAAGUACAAGGUUCGCAUAAAAUGAAAGCUAUGCAGUAGAAAGUUUUUGAAAUUAAAACAAUUUCAUUCAAGAAAAUUGCGUGGCUUUGAAUUUAUGGUGCUGAAGUUGUGCACCAUUUAUACAAAAAUAAUUGGCAGCUGUACCAUUACUCUUGGCAGACACUGUUGUCAUUCGCUUUUCAUUAACGAACAGCUGUUCGCCUAAAUAACGGCAUAACCUCAUUUUACCUGCUGUGCGCCAUUUGUCAGAAUUUGCAUUUGUUUCGCAACCAUUAUGGCAGAAAAGCACGCAUUAAUACAGAAGUUUAUGUAAAAAACCGUUUUCUUCUAAAAAUAAAUAAGUAAUAAAUGUUUUCUGCACAAAUAAAUCAAAAAGAAUCUUAAUACGGCGCGUGUGAAUCAUCGCUGACAGGUAAACAAGUAUGGCUCGUUCGGCACAAGAUGCUCUCGCUAUUUUGCGGGGCAUACAAUUGGUAGCGGAGGCGUUAUGUCGCGAACAGAGCGCACUAUGUCGAAACCGUUGGAAUCAGUCGAGCGUACGCGAACUCUUGCAAGGUAAUCUACAGCAGAGCGCAAAUUAUUUUCAAAAAGUUGGCGAACAACCUGCAGAGGAAUUGAAAAAAUUACAACAAUUGCUGCAGGAAACCAGUGAGCGCACUUGUGUUGUAGUCGAGGGUUUACGUCAAUUAGCUGUUGCGAAAGCGCCUAUGAGUCAGCAACAAUUGCAGCGUACAAUGGGUGACACUUUUGGUGGCAGCAGCAGCAGCAAUGCUGGUGGCAAGCAACAAACUGUUGGCGAUAAAACUGCUGCUAGCGGUAAUAUAAGUGUUAGCAAUAUAGAUGGCACUAAGGUGAGCAGCCAAUUGGAUGCUGCACACUUGGAUAUCUCAUCGAUAACAUUAAAUGAGCUGGAAGAGAUACUAACCAAACGUAAUAAGAAUCGUGAUAUAAGUUUGCGUACGCCAACCACAGAACAUAAGCAAGUUAAAGAUGAGCAUGUACAAAAGGCGGAAACGUUAGCAGCUAGCCAACCAACGUUGACAGCUGUUGCCAACGAGGCAGCAGCAGCAACAGUGGAAACCAUUACACAACCCAAAGCAGCUGCUUCAAAACCUGUAAGCGGCACACUAAAAGCCGAUACAGUUUAUGUGGAGAAUAUACUAAAAGUAAUUGCCGGACAAACGGAUACGGCGGAGGCAACGCAACAAACACCACCGAUUGAACUACCAACGCUAAGUAAAGUUGCUAAGCAACGACGUGUACCGUCCAGUCGUUUGGGACGCAUGGCUUCCUUUGGUGGCCUGUUCGCUGGGCUAGGUGUCGGCACCAUAAAUGAACUAACUAAAGGUGCGCUCGGCUUAGGUGGUUCAAAAAAUUUAAAAGAGGCCUUAUUAAGUCCAGCCAAUGCUGAACGCAUUGUGGACACACUUUGCAAGGUACGCGGUGCCGCUUUGAAAAUCGGUCAAAUACUUAGCAUACAAGAUUCGAAUGUGGUGUCACCGCAAUUGGCGAAGGCUUUUGAACGUGUGCGCCAAGCGGCCGACUAUAUGCCAGAUUGGCAAGUGGAACGCGUUAUGAACACACAAUUAGGCGCGGACUGGCGUGAUUUAUUGGAGAGUUUCGACGAUAAACCAUUUGCGGCUGCUUCCAUUGGACAGGUGCAUCGUGCAACAUUGAAAAACGGCAUGCAAGUGGCUAUAAAAAUUCAAUAUCCUGGUGUAGCGCAAAGUAUCGAAAGUGAUAUUGAUAAUUUAGUGGGCAUGUUAAAAGUGUGGGACGUGUUUCCGCAUGGAUUUUUCAUCGAUAAUGUGGUGAAGGUCGCCAAACGUGAAUUAACUUGGGAAGUAGAUUAUACACGCGAAGCAGAGUAUACUGACAAAUUUAAACAAAUGAUUGCCGCCUAUCCAGAAUACUAUGUGCCUACGGUCAUUAAAGAUUUGACCACAAGUAGUGUGCUCACAACAGAAUUGGUGCCGGGUGUGCCGCUGGACAAAUGCUUUGAGUUGAGUUAUGAGCAUCGCCAUCACAUUGGUUCCUCGGUACUCAAGUUAUGUUUGCGCGAACUAUUCGAGAUCGAGUGCAUGCAAACCGAUCCGAAUUGGUCGAAUUUCCUUUACGAUAUUGAUAGCAAGCGUUUAAUGUUAAUUGAUUUUGGUUCAACACGUUUUUAUCAAAAGAAAUUCAUACAAAACUAUCGGCAGAUAAUUAUAAACGCUGUGGAAAACAAUCGUGAGGGCGUUUUACUUAUGUCACGUGAAAUGGGCUUCCUCACUGGCUAUGAAAGCAAACAAAUGGAGGAGGCGCAUGUCGAUGCCGUUAUGAUAUUGGGUGAAAUGUUUAGUUUCGAUGGUGAAUUCGAUUUUGGUAAACAAAAUACCACUGAACGUAUCGCCCAUUUAGUACCGACAAUGGUCGCCCAUCGCCUAUGCCCACCACCAGAGGAGAUCUAUUCGAUACAUCGCAAAUUGUCGGGCAUAUUUUUGUUGUGCGCUCGCCUUAAUGUACGCCUAAAUUGUCGCCCCUACUACGACGAAAUUGUGAUUAAGAAAUUUAAGCAAUGAAAUUGUUUUACUUACACUUAGUUAAGGUUGUUGAGAAUUUGUCCUUUUGAUUUCUUUUCAAAUUUUAAUUUUUCACACAAAAUUUUCAUUGUUGCGUCUUUCAAACCAUUUCCAUUAUUUGUUGAUUGGCCUUUCCAUAUUUCUGAAAUCGUAUAUACAUACAUAUUUUUUGUAUUUCUAAAACGUUAUUAACCUUAAGCUUAGAGUUAAUUUGAAAGAAUUGAUGAAAUAAAAGUAAAAAUAAAAACAGAGUACGAAACACUCUGAAAUGACUGUGUAUAGUCAUGCUAAACUA